GGCCUCCCCCGGGCGCCCCCCCUCUCUGGUAGUUGACGGGAGACCCGGCCGGUGGGGAAGCCCGCGGAGCCGCAGUCCCGGCCCCGGCAGGUCUCUCUGGGCCCCGCCUGGGCCCUGGGCCCGACUCCCACUCCUGCGCCGGCCCCCGGGCUUCGCAGGCCCCGCACUGCGGACCCUGCUGCGCUCGAGGCCGCCAGCAGCCGGCCGCCCUCUUUGUCCCCCAGCUGCGGGUAGCAGAGGCAGAGGGGCCGCCCUCCAAGCCGUCAGCCACGCACGCGGAGGCGCUCGGGCCUCUGGGCGGCGCGCUGGGAGAGGACGCCGGGGAGGACACGUGGGCCUUCGGCGCGGAGACAAUCAAUUGUAAACGAUUAGCAGAUAGACCGAUUACUGCGGUGGCUUUAAUUUGUGAUUCUUGGCCGGGCACAGUGGAUCACGCCUGUAAUCCCAGCACUUUGGGAGGCUGAGGCAGGUGGAUCACGAGGUCAGGAGUUCAAGACCAGCCUGGCCAACAUGGAUUUUAAGGAAACAGAGCAACAGCUACAACAAAAUGGGGAGAAGAAAUGAGAACUGUGGUAACAGCCGACGUGUGUCAAACAUCUCUCAAGAGAACUUAUCUCACUGGAAUUUGGAUUCAGAAGUACCUGUUCCUGAAAAUAGAAACCUCCCAGCUGGAAGGGAUGGAGCAGCAGGUGGCAAAAUCAACAAGAACUAUUUGGAAAUUCCAGUGGAGCAACUGAUGCUAGAACCUAAUUUGUCGGUGCAUAGUCACAAAAGUACACAGAAUAGUAAACAAGGGAUUUUUAAAUUAUGGAAUUGUCCUCUUAAUGAAGGAAGUACCAUAGAGAAGAGGGAAUUCAAAACAUCUUCAGUGGAAACUGGCUUUAAUGUAAUCAAUAAUCCUAUAAGGGUCUUCACUCUGAACCACCCAUUAACAAUUGCUUCAGUUGAUAAGCAAGUUGGUCCUUACCCUGGACUGCCAAUGCCAUUAGGUCUCUGCUGGCCCUAUGCUGAUGGAGACUUCUUUAAGAACAGAAAUGAGAUUCAUAUUAGUUCCUGUUCAACUAUAGAAAACAACAAUGGUGAAACAUUACGUGCUCCAAAUUGGAAUUUGAAACAUGGAAACAGCAGUGUGGAAGAAAAUUUAACAGAUGAAAGUGAUUUAUCAGAAAAUGAGGAAGCAAAUGAUACUUUACUCAGCCAUUUUAAAAAGGUGGACCUGAACUUGAAGCCAGAAACAAUAAAAAAUGUUGAGGAACCUUUCACCGAGGAGCCAAAUGAAGUAUUUCCAUAUCCUGAUUUUCUCCCUCCUCCUUUCAGUACUCUAGACUUGCACAGUUUAGCCCUCUCCAAAUCUGACAAUUGGAAAGCGACAGUGGAACCUGCAGAAACCUCUGUUGAACACUUGAUAACUCGUUUACUGGAACUAGAACGAUUACAACACACGACUAUUCAAAAAGAGAGGCCAAGACUACAAACGACUUUCUGUACUCCAGCAGGUACUGAACGACCCUCUUCCUCCAAAGCUACACCAAAAGUGAGACAGCCGAAACUUUGUGACUCUUUGAGUCUUCAGAUACCUGGUGUAGAUAAAAGUCAAGAAAAAAGUAAAAACAACUCUGGUUCUUGUAAGCUUGAGCAAAAUGCUUUAAAACGGAAUUGGAGCAAUGCUGACAAAUAUAAAUGGAAUUCUAGACCACCGUCUCUAAAAAGUUCUUCCACCACAAAACAAUUGAUUGAAACUUAUGAUAAGAAUCCCAAAAGUUCUAUUUUAAAUCCAUGCCAAGAACUCUCAUCCAAGCCUACUAUUGGCCAAACAACUCAAUCACUGGUUAAAAUGGUCUCCACAAGAUGUCUGCCAUCGAGGUCUCCAGUGCCGGUUUCACUUAUACUUCUGUCUUUUCCCGAAAAUCAGAAGGAAGAAAUCAAGGCACCGAAGAGAAACUUUGGGAACAAAAAGAAACUUUACCGACAAAAUAUAGUGUUGAAUAGACCAUUCUCUAUUCAGAAGCUAAACUGUUUGUCGCCUUCCCUUAUUGCUAAGUGCUGCUCACCCAUUGAACAAAAAUAACUCUUUUCUUUCAUACAUCUCAGUGUGAACAGAUCUAUUCUAAGAAGCCCAACUAAGAUGUGGUUAGUUAUUCCAAGACACAGGUACUCUUAACAGUCCCCAAAAUCACCAAACAGUUGCUUGAUGUGAUAUGGAGUGGAACUUGUGAAAAGCACUGUCUAUAUAUAAACCCACAGGCUUCUAUACUGACAUAUUUCACAAUCUUUUACAUGUUGUGUUUCAAAUAAAUGGUUCACUUAGCAGACCAUUCUAUUCA